UUUCAUCGCAGAGUUGGUGUAACAAUCGUUGCUGUCAACAAUCAGUGGCACAUUUAAAAGGUAAAUUUUAUUUCUUAUUAUGCUUAUGUUAUUAUCACGUUGUCUCAUCUUUAUAUAUUUCUUCUGUGCGUGUGUUUGUCACUGAACUCCUAAACGGCUGGACCGACUUGAAUGAUUUUUUUUGUAUGCGUUUGGGUGGCACCUUGGAUGGCUUAGAUUCACAAACCAGCCCGGCAGAUGGCGCUGUAGUCGGUAUCUAGGUCAUUUAUCUUUCCUAGAAAUAAUUUAUAUGGAAAUGCAACAUUUGCCGGGUCAGCUAGUAAAAACAUAAUAUAGUCUUUAUGUACCUUUGACUGCAAUUAACAGAAUUUUUGUCUUUAUCGAUUUAUUAAACUUUAUGCAUAAUAGUACAGUAGCGGACUUAGUGCCUAAGGCAUUCCCUAACAGUCAACCAAAGGCUGGGUUAGACAUAGAGUGAAAUGCAUUUUUAAAUAUUAUAUUGUGAAAUAUUAAAUGAGGUAUUAAUGACUUAGUACUCUGUCUAUAUGUGGUUCAUUGAUAUCGUUAAAUUCAAGCUAUUGUCACAGACGAAUGAGGUCGUGUAUGGUAUAAUAACCUCUAAGGCUAUGAGGGAUUAAAGGGGGAAAAAAUAUAGAGGUCAUGACGACGGUGAGGGGUAAUGAAGUUAAAUUGAACAUUGGGCAAUGGCACUGAAAACAAAAGGUGUAAUUAUACCUAUAUCAAAAUCUAUAUACGUGAAGCAAAAACUUUGUAUCCCUUUUUACGAAAAUUGCGCGGACGGAGGAGUAUGAAAUUUUCCACACUUAUAGAGAAUAUAGAGAAGAAGUGCACAAUGCUAAUAUAUUUUUUUAAUAAUGAAUAAAAGAUACAUUAAAUCAAUAAAGAAAACAUAACACACACUACAUACGAUGUAUUUGAUGCACACACGCAUGCAUACUAUUUAUUGUCAAACUUUUGUUCUUGACGUCUGUUGUCAAAUUGAGAAUAGAUUAAAUAUUGUUUGUCUUUGUUAAUAUUUUUUAUAGUGUAGUCUUGGCGAAAUUUGUGAUUAUAGAAGUAUAAAAUACAAUCAUAACAGUGUACAAACUUACAAUUCCAAGUUUAUUAAUUAUGGCUACUGCGGGACCUCUAGUAACGAUGAAUACAAUUUUGGUCUUCGCGUUAGUCGUGUUGGCUGCUACCAAUGCGGCCAUACUACCGUCUAGUACGAGAGCCAACCUAAUCGUUGGCUACGUUAGUACAGGAGACAGACUUUUGUACAGAUCCUACGUAUACCAGCCAGCUAGGCCGAAUACUAUUCAAUACCAAGACAUAGUGUAUCGCGGUAACGCAACGACGCGCAUUACGGCUAUACAGGCCACGGAAGUUGGGGCAACUCAGUACGCAUCAGCCUGGAUCCUGUCUGGCGGGCUCAGUCAGAACAACGUCACGGUCCGAUUCCAAUCAGCUAGAGGAUACGGAUAUUAUUACCUCUUCGACGUAUGGGGACGCUAAUUUUUUGAUAACUCUUCUUUCAUAAAAUUGUCUAAAUAUUGUACCUAGCAUUCAUAUUUACAAGAAACGAUUUUGUCAUAAAGCGACCAAUUUAUAAAUUUAUUAAUACAUUUGCGUAAGGUUUUUAAUAAUAAAAAUUUAUUGAGCACUA